GGCUGACAUGCAAGUGAUAUUCGAGAUCCUGCUAAUCCUAGCAGUAAUACGCAAUGUUUUAUCCGAAUUCUGCGAUAAUGGAACUGGGGAGUGCAAGGAACUGAGUGCCACGGAUUGCCCGUCUGUAUUCUUCGAUCUGCACCUAAUCGGAAGAUUUGUGAAAUAUUGCGACAAAUUCAACGGCAUUGUUUGCUGUCCACUGCCCAUCAAUAUGCAAGCUCAAUCGCAGCAGUUCUCCGCAGAUAUUGGCCUCAGGAGAUUCGAAAAGGAAUGCCGUCGCUUCAACGAGAUAAGAACUUCCUGCCGCACCACCCCCUUCAUUGUGGGUGGCGCCAAGGCCGCUGGCCGGGAAUUUCCCUUCAUGGCGCUGCUGGGUCAGCGCGGGAAAAACCCAUCCCAAAUCGACUGGGACUGCGGGGGCAUCAUCAUCCAUCCCAAGUUCGUGCUCACCGCCGCCCACUGCCUGGAAACCAGCGAGACCAAGGAGCAGCGUCUGGAUCCCAACUACGAUUCCCCCAAGUACGUGGUCAGACUGGGCGAACUGGACUACAAUAGCACCACGGAUGAUGCCCAGCCGCAGGACUUCCGGGUGGUCAACUAUGUGGUGCAUCCGGCGUACGGCGAAGAUGAUGACACGGGCAGUCGCAAGAACGACAUUGCCGUGGUGGAGCUGGAAAAGGAGGCGACUUUCAGCGAGUAUGUGGCACCUGCCUGCCUGCCGCUCGAUGGCGGAAAUGAGCAUCUACAGGUGGCAGCCGCAGGAUGGGGCGCCACCUCGGAGGGUGGACACGCCUCGUCGCAUCUGCUCAAGGUGAGCCUCGAGAGAUUCGAUGUCAGCCAGUGCAGCCAGCGGCUGGAGCACAAGAUCGAUGAGCGCACCCAGUUGUGUGCGGGAUCGCGGUACACCAGUGCGGAUACUUGUUAUGGCGACUCCGGUGGCCCGCUCUUCGUGCAGCAUCCCACCUACUCGUGCCUGAAGCAGGUGAUUGGCAUCACCUCCUACGGCCUGGUCUGCGGUGUCCACGGGCUGCCCAGUGUGUACACCAAGGUCCAUCUGUACACCGACUGGAUCGAGAAUAUCGUGUGGGGCGAGUAGGCAUCAAAAUAUUUGCCCAACUCAUUCGCAACUCCAACUGAUAUUUACUUAAUGAAGAUUCGAUAUAAAUGAAGAUAUUUCAUGAAUAUACAUUCUUGGCAUUCGACAUUCAA